AACAGUUUACGCGUAGAAGAAGAAAUUAAGCGGAAGUACACCGGCUACACGAAGGACGUAGCAUUGUGGGGUGGUAGCAAGCUAACCCAGGAAAGAUGCUGUCUGUUUUCUCCAAUGUGGUUAGGACUUGUGCUCAAAGAAAUGGUGCUGCAGUGGUUGUGUCAGCAAGGACGUACGCCGACUUCACAACUCAGGCUACCUUUGAAAUAAAGAAAUGCGACCUCCAUAAACUGGACGAAGGCCCGGCCACUCAGGUAGUGAUGACUCGCGAUGAGGGUCUGCAGUACUACCGCACCAUGCAGACAAUGAGACGGAUGGAGCUGAAGGCUGAUCAGUUGUACAAGCAGAAGAUCAUCAGAGGCUUCUGUCACUUGUAUGAUGGCCAGGAAGCCUGUGCCGUCGGUAUUGAGGGAGCGAUUAAUUUAUCGGACCACCUGAUCACAGCUUACCGCGCUCACGGCUACACUUUAACAAGGGGAGGCACUGUGAAGGAAAUCAUGGCAGAGCUCACUGGGCGAAGAAGCGGCAUCGCAAAGGGCAAGGGAGGUUCCAUGCAUAUGUACUGUAAACAUUUCUAUGGUGGAAAUGGGAUUGUUGGAGCACAGGUUCCAUUGGGAGCUGGCAUAGCUCUGGCCUGCAACUAUCUUGGCAAUCAACAGUUAUGUGUCUGUCUCUAUGGUGACGGCGCUGCCAAUCAGGGUCAAAUCUUUGAGACGUACAACAUGGCCGCACUUUGGAAGCUGCCAGUCAUCUUUAUUUGUGAGAAUAACAGGUAUGGCAUGGGCACGUCCGUAGAGCGAGCUGCAGCCAGCACCGACUACUACAAGAGAGGAGACUACAUCCCGGGUCUCAGGGUCGAUGGGAUGGAUAUCCUCUGCGUUCGAGAGGCAACUCGAUUUGCUGCCGAUAUGUGCCGAGCUGGGAAAGGUCCUGUUCUUAUGGAACUUCAAACAUACCGCUAUCAUGGUCACAGUAUGAGUGAUCCUGGUGUCAGCUACCGCACACGCGAGGAGAUCCAGGAAGUGCGCAGUAAGAGUGACCCCAUCUCCUUGCUGAAGGACCGAAUGCUCAGCAACAACAUGGCCAGCGUGGAAGAGCUCAAGGAAAUUGACGUCGAGGUGAGGAAAGAAAUCGAAGACGCCGCCCAGUUUGCCACAACGGAUCCCGAGCCGCCACUGGAAGAACUGUGCAACCACAUCUUUCACAACGAUGCGCCGCUGGAGGUGCGCGGCACCAACCCAUGGACCAAGCUGAAAUCUGUCAGUUAAAGAAUUUCUUUUUCCACCCACUUCACUUCAAUGUAAAACAACAACCCCCCCCCCCCCCCCCCCCCCCCCCGGUGCCCCGCAGCAAAUAUGUUAGCAGUGAAAGUCACACCUUAGAUCCACAGCCUGAAGUCUCAGCAACUUGCUCAAUGUCAACAGUGUGUAUUUUACAGAUGGGGGUCUUACUUAAAAUAAAUGUACUACAUUCAUCACUAUUUAUUUGGCAAUCUUGUUUAGAACUAUCAGUAGACAGUCAAAAACAAGCAAUAAAUCUCCUUUCAAGAGGAUUAUUUGGGUCAUGUGGCAUGAUGACUUCUACAUAAAUCAUCAGCAUCCAUUGCCUGUUUUUUCAAAAAUUAUUUUCUCUAAGUGUCACACUCCAUACCAGGCAAAGUAUAUGUCGAGCUUUUGUUUGACUUUUCUCUAUAAAGUGGGAGUUAGCCUAUUUUGCCAACCAAAAACAUUGGGUAUGUCUAAACCUGUUUGGAUGCAACUUGCUCUGCCAAUUAAAACUGUUACAUUGAGAGGAGGAUGAGAGCAUCAUGUAAUAAACUGAUCUGGGAAAAAA